AUGAUUGGCAAUGCGGUGCGGAAGGAGAGGCUGUCCCUGCACGCCAGGGGCAGUGGCGUCACUGACCGUGUCUUCGGCCGGGACAUCUCCAACCUCGAGCGCAGGGUGGCCAGCAAGGACCACCGCGCGCAUAACAAGAGCUACCAGGCCAAGGCCCUCCCCCGGGCGCCCCCCAACCCCAUCGCCAAGAACAACUCUCUACUGGAGAAGUUCAGCCAGCUGCUGGGCAACCCUUCGCUGACCCCCUCUGCGCCGGCCAGCAACCGCCAGCCCAAGGGCCCGCUGCCCCAGCCCCCGCCCAUCGACGAGCUGGCUAUGCUACGGCACCUGCAGGCCAUGGAGCCGCACUCCCGGGCGAGUACACUACACCCGUCCUCGAACAUCACUGAGGCUCACAGGUGCCACCUAGCGGAAUGGCUGAUCGAGGUGCACACCAAGCUGCGACUCAAGCAGGCCACACUGUUCAUGAUGUUCGGGCUGCUGGACAGGGUGCUGGUCGGCAGGGAGGUACGGCGCAGCAAGUUGCAACUGGUUGGGAUGGUCUGUCUGCUGGCCGCUGCUAAGUUUCAGGAGACCUACCGGGUGCCGACCAUCAAGGACCUGCUGUACUUGUGUGCCAGCUGUUACUCCCGACAGGAGGUGCUGGACGAGGAGGGCAGCGUCCUCGAGCUCCUAGGUUUUGAGCUGCACGAGCCCACCGCCCAGGAUUUCCUGCACCUACUGGCCGGCGACAUGGAGGACAAGGAGCUGUUUCUGGUCUCGUACGUGCUCGAACUGGCUUUGGUCAAGCAUGAAUUCUCGGGCUAUCGGGCCAGCCUACUGACGGCUGCCGCAGUGUUCCUGAUCAACAAGAUCCGCAGCCGCCCUCCUGAGGCCAACCAGCAGCUUCUCUCCCGCGCGGGCUUUGGGGAAGCAGAUGUGCGGGCCAUCUCGAAGUAG